GGCUUCUCAUUGUCUCGCCGAAGGAAGCGGCGAGGUUCAAAGAAGCAAGCGAGACCGGUGGGAAAAAAGAGGAGAAAUCGGGAAGAAAAGUUGACUCCUCGAUCGUUUCUCUGCAGCUGCUCUUAUCCACUGUGGGCGAUCCAAAAGAUUCAUUAUUCGUCGAAGAGGGUUUUGAUUAGUCUCCGUUCUUCACAUCCUCAAGGGAUACCGUUGUCGAGAAAUUUAGGAUCUUGGAAGAUGUUUGACCUGGCAUUGACAGCCUAGGGGAAACCCUUUAGUUGUAUUGGAAUUUCUGGAGUUGUUUCUUCCCAUUUUUCAUACCUGUUUUGCGAAAUACUCUAUAGAGUAACAAUGACCUCUCCUGGUGCUGCGGUCACUGACAAAACAGAUGAAUGCAAACUUUCCAAAGUUGUCAGGGGCGAUAUGGUUUUAGACAUUUGCUCAGGGAAAGAGGAAGACAAGGUAGUUCUCAACAGAGCCCUUGAAAACUACGAGGAUCUGAUGGUGCUUGAUGAUAGUCUUACUGAAGCAACGGAAAGGGAGAGCACCAAAGAUCACUUGGAUGAGAAGUCAAUUCACUCUACCAAUAGCACGGGCCUUCCUUGCGGUUCAGUACUGAGCUCAAACAGGCCUUCAAAAUUAGUUCAAGAUGUUGGGGAAAAGGUGAAACGCCAAGCCGAGUUGAAAGAUGAACAGAAUGGGGGUAAAAAGAAUUUGAAAAGGAAAAGGAUUGAUGGGGAAAUGAUUCAUAACAAUGAAUCACUUAUAACACAAUGCCAGCAAGAAUUGGAUGAACUUGUUGAUUAUUUUAAAGAGUUUUCUGGUCUUAAGCUACAACUUGAUGAUGUCAACUCUUUUUCAAAUAACUCGAUGAUUGCUUUUUUGCUGGAGGAGAGAAAUCUUCCAUUUUCUAAUUUAGCAGAGGAAAUUUAUGAGAAGUUGAAGGAAAGAGAAGCAGUUACUUUGGCUUCAGUUCGCUGUACUCUACUCUCUAUUGGACAAAGAGUAAUGUAUGGCAUUACCAGCCCGGAUACUGAUGUGUUGGAAGACAAAUCAGAUUUGUGCCUUUGGUGCUGGGAGACAAGAGAUGCCAAGUUGCUUCCUGCAUCCCUUCGCAGUGUUGUACAUAUUCGACGCAUAGCUCGGAACAAGAUCCAUAAGAGAAUUUCUACUCUUCAUGAAACAUUGUCAGCGUUAGCAAAUUCUCCACAGACAGAAAGCUAUAAGGCUGAUCUGAUUCAAGCGUCAAUAAAACUUAGGAAGGUAUUGAAUAAACAAGGGAUCUCUAUGUUGGUUGAUAGAUUGUCCCAGAAGAAUAAUGCUGACAUGGCAAAAAAGGAAGCCAGGUUACAAGAAAAGGAAUUAAUAAAGGCUUUUGAGAAGACUAACCAGAGUGCUGAAAAGGAAAAGAAGAAACUAGAGCGGGAGCUUCAAAAGGAAAAACUUCAAAAUGAAAAGGAACUUAAGAGGAUGCAGGAAGAAGCUGAAAGGGAAAGAAAACGUCAUGAAAAAGAACAAAUUGAACUGAAGAAACAAAUUAAGAAGCAACAAGAAGAGGCUGCUAGGGAACAAAGACGCCGUGAGAAAGAAGAAGCUGAAUUGAAGAAGCAACGGGCUGUGCAGAAACAAGCUUCUAUGAUGGAAUUGUUUCUCAAGAGUAAGAGUAGCCAUAAUUCUGAUAUCCCCGAUGGGAAAUCUCCCAUGAUUAAACCAUCUACUGAGAUUGCUUCGAAUGAAGAAAUGCUUAAUGCUGUUACAUCAUCAAUGGAUGUUGCUUUGCAUCAGCAGCAUAACAUGACCAUAGAGGAUCUUCGCAGGUUCCAUGUUGAUGGCUGGCGAAAGUUGGCUCACUGCAAUAGAUCUUCAUGCUGGGGUGUUAGGCAUAAUCCAAAAGCUAACUUGACGAAGGAGAUUAAGCUUCAAAAAUCAUCCUUGUUAGGUGAAACUCAUAAAAAAAGUGCUGCUCCAAAGAUAGAAAAAUCCUCUUGUGAGGUGAUAAGUUAUAGCCUUUCAAGCAGCGAUAGGCUUGAUGAGGAACUAGAAUCUCUUGCAGACAGCAUGUCUAGUCAAAAUGAUCUUGUUGUUACCUCAACAUCAGCUCAUUCACUGAAGAAAAAGCUUUUGCAGUUUGACAAAAGCAAUAGACCGGCAUAUUAUGGUACUUGGCGCAGAAAAAGCCUUGUUGUUGGUCAAAGGCACCCAUUGAGGAAGGAUCCUGAAUUGGACUAUGAUGUUGACAGUGAUGAGGAAUGGGAAGAGGAGGCUCCAGGUGAAAGUCUUUCUGACUGUGACAAGAUGGAUGAAGAAUCUAUUGAAGGAGAAACUUUGGAAAAUGAGAAUGAUUGUGAAAGUGAAGAUAGUUUUGUUGUUCCUGAUGGCUAUCUCUCUGAAACUGAGGGUGUUCAGCUUACUCCAACUGAUUGUACUGAGAACGAGGUGAAAAACUCCUCAACUUGUAAGUUGGAGACUGAUGAUGUUGCAAAAUUGCUUUGGCAGCAGAAGGUUCUUUUUAAUUUGACUGAGAAGGCUCUUCGAAAGAGCCAACCGUUGGUGAUAUCCAAUUUAAAUCAUGAAUUAUCUGAACUACGGAUAACUGAAGAGUUGUCUGGCACAGCUAAAAUUGAGCAGAUUUGUUUACAAGCUCUCUGCAUGGUGGCCUUCCCUGGAUGCCCCAUCAUUUAUGUCUCUCCAAAUCCUAGUACUUUGAACGAAGUUCAACAAGUUAGUGAAUCUUCACAAGAGACAUCCACUCAACCAGGGACUUCAGAAGUGAUAUCAGAGUUGGACUUGCCAGAAUUUGUUAGGUUGGUUCAGUCUUGCCCACAUGGAAUUAACAAGAUGGUAGAGGUGCUGCAACAGAAAUUUCCAUCCAUCUCAAAGACACAAUUACGAAAUAAAGUACGAGAAAUAUCUAGUUUUGUCGACAACCAUUGGCAGGUUAAGAAAGAUAUUCUGGAAAGGCUUGGCAUGCCUGCUACUGAAUCUUCUCCAGACACUGUUAAGAAGCAGAAAAGCAUAGCAGCUUAUUUCUCCAAACGCUGCCUGCCACCGCCAGAAGUGGUGCCCAUGAUCCUCUCUGAAUCUUUGCCGGAGUCAUCGUUGAAGUCCAAGACACAGGACUUGAAAGCUGAAGGUGAGUCCGCAGAGUAGUGUCUGCAGUUCAAUGUUCACCAGGAAAAUAGUUAAAGACAGUUUCCUUUCUUCGCUGCAAAUUUUGGGCUUUUGGAACUGUAUCUUCUUAAAAAUUAUGAAGAUUGAAAUCUUGAUGUACAUAGAGGUGCGAAGUGACUGGCUAUUCUAUUUUGGCUAAUGGCUAAUAGUUUAUCUUUUGAAACCGUGGUGGAACUGUAUCCGCUAAAUGUACUUUCUUUGCCCUACCAACACCUCUUUUAAGUUGUAUUUCUAGUUCGUUUAUCAAAAUACAUUGCCCUUUGUUCUUA